AUAAAAAAUUCCCUCUUUGAAUUCAACUAAUUCAUUCUUCUUUCAAUUCAAUUCUUCUCUUCACGUUUUCUCAAUGGCCUCUGUAACAACAACAACACUGUGCCAUUGUCACCUUCCCCUUUCUUCAUCCUUCACAAUUCCAAAACCAAUACACUCACUCUCACUCUCCCCCUCAACGCGUGCUCUCAUUCGUCCCUUUCACUUCCAAUUCCAAUCAAAAUCAAAAUCCAUAUCAUCAUCAUCAUCUCGUUGUCUUAUCUCACAACCGCCACGUGCUUAUGUCACAGGACCAGCAUCCGACCCGAAUAUAUCCGAACCGGAUCCGAAGCUCCACGGGUCACUUCAAGAGAAGAUUGAACCGCCAAGUGUUAUAACAUGGGAGCUUCUCUCUAUGCUUCUUACCAAACACAAACUUCGUCUUGCUCUUUGCGUUGCAUCUCUCUUUUCCUGCACCGCCUGUACCUUAUCCAUGCCCAUUUUUUCCGGGCGGUUUUUCGAAAUUCUUAUUGGUGUUAGACCGGAGCCGUUGUGGAGUCUUCUCAGUAAAAUGGGAGUUCUAUAUGCUCUAGAGCCACUUUUAACUGUUGUUUUUGUUAUAAACAUGAACAUAGUGUGGGAGAGUGUUAUGUCAAAACUAAGAGCUCAGAUCUUUGGAAGAAUAUUGAUUCAGAAGGUUGAGUUUUUUGACAAAUACAAGGUUGGUGAACUCACUGGUUUGUUAACAGCUGAUUUGGGUUCUCUAAAAGAUAUUGUCAGUGAUAAUGUUUCAAGGGAUCGUGGAUUCAGGGCAUUAUCUGAGGUCACUGGAACAUUAUUCAUACUUUUUUCUUUAUCCCCUCAACUUGCUCCAAUUCUGGCUGUUCUGAUGAUCGCGGUUUCCAUUUCAAUCGCUGUCUACAAGAGAUCAACUUUGCCUGUUUUUAAAUCACAUGGCUUGGCCCAAGCAUCUAUCUCUGAUUGCAUAGCAGAAACAUUUUCUGCUAUUCGAACUGUGCGAACGUUCAGUGGCGAAAAGCGCCAAAUGUUUAUGUUUGCUAACCAGGUUCUAUCCUUCAAAUCGAGUGGGAUAAAGCUCGGGACUUUCAAAUCUAUAAACGAAUCGUUAACGAGAGUUGCUGUUUAUAUUUCUUUAAUUGCAUUAUAUUGUCUUGGAGGAAGCAAAGUAAAGGCGGGUCAACUCUCUGUUGGAACUAUGGCAUCAUUUAUUGGAUACACUUUCACUUUAACAUUCGCCGUUCAAGGAUUGGUUAAUACUUUUGGAGAUCUUCGCGGAACGUUUGCUGCUGUUGAAAGGAUCAACUCAGUUUUGUCUGGAGUUCAAGUUGAUGAUGCACUUGCCUAUGGCUUAGAAAGAGAACUGAAACAAAAAGCAGUGAAUGAUGAAAACUAUAAAUUGUUCUUCUCUAAUGGUUCUGCUGAUAAAAACCAAACAAAUUAUUCGCAUUAUAUGUCAGCGUUAAAAACGUCAAGCAAUCUUUUGAGCUUAGCUUGGUCUGGAGAUAUUUGUCUUGAAGAUGUGUAUUUUUCUUAUCCGUUAAGGCCAGACGUGGAAAUUUUAAGCGGCUUAAAUUUAACACUAAAAUGUGGAACUAUAACUGCACUGGUGGGUGCUAGCGGUGCAGGAAAAAGUACAAUAGUACAGCUAUUAUCUCGUUUUUAUGAGCCAGCAAGAGGUUGUAUAACAGUUGGUGGAGAGGAUGUCCGAACAUUUGACAAAAGCGAAUGGGCCCGGGUUGUCUCUAUCGUAAAUCAAGAACCUGUUCUGUUUUCGGUGUCUGUUGGAGAAAAUAUUGCAUAUGGGCUUCCAGAUGACGAUGUUUCUAAAGACGACGUGAUUAAGGCAGCAAAAGCUGCAAAUGCUCAUGACUUUAUAAUUUCACUUCCACAGGGCUACGAUACACUUGUUGGUGAGCGCGGAGGCCUACUGAGCGGAGGACAGAGGCAGAGAAUAGCCAUUGCCCGAGCUCUCCUGAAGAAUGCUCCCAUUCUUAUACUUGAUGAGGCUACAAGUGCUCUGGAUACUGUCAGCGAGCGCUUGGUCCAAGAUGCCCUCAACCAUUUAAUGAAGGGGAGGACAACAUUAGUUAUAGCUCACAGAUUAAGCACAGUUCAAAAUGCCUAUCAAAUUGCACUCUGUUCAGAUGGAAGGGUUGCAGAACUAGGCACCCAUUUUGAGUUAUUGGCUAAGAAGGGUCAAUAUGCUUCACUUGUUGGCACUCAAAGGCUUGCAUUUGAAUAAAUCAUUAUGAAGGUCUUAGUAUUUACUGUUAUACCAGAUAGCAAUACACGAGAACAUCGAGAAACACUUGCGGAAUGGCGCACUGGUUUUGUUGAGAGUAUCUUGCAACAACAAAAAAGGGGGAAAAAUUGAAUGUUGUAAUCUAUGUAGCACUGACACUUUGAAUUAAGGGCGUAUUUGGUGUCUGACAAUAACAGGACACUUAUAAAUUUGAUUAUAUUCAAUUACUUUUAUUUUCUUAAAAUAUUAUGAGUUGCCUAUGUAAUCCAUUGAUUGGUGUUCUAUUUGUGCCAGUACUUCAUUGAUUGUAAUUAAUCUUUUAUGUCAUUUCAGUGUA